GCGCUGUUCAUUCUGUGUUUGCAACAAUGGCGUCCAGACAUCUGCUUGUGUUUGUCCUUGCGUGUGUCAGCAUCAGUGAGGCCUACUUCCUUGGAAUGAGAGAGCGUAAGUCCUGGGGGGAUGACGAUAAAUCAGCAGUAGAACCUAGGAGACCCCACUCGUGGGAGUCUACUCGACGAGCUGAUGUGCUCCAACCUUCAGUCGACCAACUGUCCUGGAGGUUUCCACAAGAUCCAGUGGAUGUAGUGAAAGAGACCCCUGUUGACUUUGAACUGGCACAACCAGCGACUGCUGAUCGUGUUGCUGUGAGGUGUGGGGAAAGCCGGAUCCAGGUGGAAGUGAGCCAGGACUUGCUAGGCUUGGGCAAGUUGAUAAACCCAGAGGAUAUCACCCUUGGUGGUUGUCCAGCCACUGAGGUCGACAGCUGGUCUAAUGUUCUGGUCUUUGACUAUGAGCUGCACAACUGUGGCAGCAUGCGAGUGAUGACAGAGAACACCUUAGUUUAUGCUUUUACUCUGAUCUACAACCCUGACGAGUCUGACGGUCGCAUCACAAGGAGCCAGGCUGUCGUAAUUGGAGUGGAGUGCCACUACCAGAGCUGAGUCAAGUGGUGUUGGCCUGCGCAGACCCACUUUAGUUUACUGUCCAGAAAUGCACUGUUAACAAGUGAACAAUAAAGGUAUCGCUGUCCCAGCACACUGGCUCUUGUUCUAUUCCUCUAAACUCACCAAGGCACAAAGCCAUUGCUGAUUCUCAUCAAUGACUCCUCACAGAAUAUGGUACAAUACCUGACUCGUGUGCUAAGUAACUGUAGUACACUAUCUGGUAAUUUGGCUUGCAAGUCCUGUACCCCAG